CCCUGUUACACAGAGCCUUGGAGUGGCUGAUAGAUGAGGGGUGGUGACAUGUCCUUUAUUUACUAGAAGUGAAGUAAACCUGUUCUUCAAGUCCCUGUUUAUCUAUAACCCUGGUUGCUCAUAAACUGGGUCCAGAUUACUUUGGAUUCCCACUGCAGUCAGAGAGGAGCACUUCUCCUUCUUAACUGCACUUUCUGCAACAAACCACAGCUAUAAAAGCAGCCGCCAGCCAACAGGAACCUGCCAUGGCGCUGCGCCCGCGUGCUUCCUCUCAGCCUGGAAAACUUUCCUUCUUCCAGAGUCCCAAGGUGGCUUCGGCCCUUCGACCGCGGGCUGUUUCCUCGUGGUCAGGCUCCAUGCUGGAAGAUGAGCUGUCUUGUCCUGUCUGCUGCGAAAUCUUCAAGGACCCCGUAGUGCUCAAGUGCAGCCACAGCUUCUGCCAAGCCUGUCUGCAGCAUUUCUGGAACAAGAAGAAGGCCAGGCGUGAGUGUCCCAUCUGCAGGAGGAAGUGCUCCCUGACGGAGCCCACAGUCAGCCUGACACUGAAGAACGUGGCCGACACCUUCCUGAGGGAGCAGGAGCGCAAGACGGCCACAGCUGCGACAGGUUCAGGGGCCGGCGGGGCAGGGGCGGGGGAGCAAGCAGGGAUAGUGGAGGUGAACUGCAUCACACACGGGGAAGUUCUCAAGCUCUUCUGUCUGGAUGACUUUGAAGUCCUCUGCUGUGUGUGUCACACUUCCAAGAAGCACCUGGGACACAGAGUGUGUCCCUUGGAAGAGGGAGCUCAGGACCUCAAGGCAGAGAUGAAGAAAGAGCUGAUUCCUCUGAAGAAAAACCUGCGUUGCCUGUAUGAAGCCAAGCAGGAGUGUGAUGACACAACGGUGCACAUCAAGAACCAGACUCAGGCCACAGAAAAGCAGAUCAAACAGGAGUUUGAGCAACUGCGGGAGUUUCUGCAGAAGGAGGAGACAGCUCGACUGGCUGCCCUGCAGCAGGAGGAGGAGGAGAAAAAUGAGCUGGUGAAGAAGAAGUCAGAGAGCAUCACCAGCAGUAUCCUCACCUUGUCUCACGCUAUCAUUGCCAUUGAGAAUGAGAUUGCUUCUAAUGAUGCUCUCUUCCUUAAGAAUUAUACCAACACAAAGAAAAGAGCACAGAUCCCACAGAGGGAUCCAGGAAAAGUGUCAGGUGCUCUUAUAAAUGUGGCCAAGCAUGUCAGUUCCAUCAAGUACCGUGUGUGGGAGAAGAUGGUGGAGCUGGUUCAGUACACACCCAUCACCCUGGACCCCAACACUGCCUACUCCCGGUUGUCCCUCUCUACAGACCUGACCAGUGUCACCAACCAUGGAUCCCUCCAACAGCUCCCAGACAAUCCUGAACGUUUUGGACACUUUGUAUUCGUGCUGGGCUCAGAAGGCUUCACUUCGGGCCGCCAUGCCUGGGAGGUGGAGGUGGGUGACAAGGCGGACUGGAUGCUCGGGGUGGUCAAGGAGUCCAUCGACAGGAAAGGUCGCAUCUCGGGCUGUCCUGAGGGCGGCUUUUGGAUGAUCUCACACUACGAGGGCGAGUACUCGGCCAUGACAAGGCCCAGCACCCCGCUGCAUCUUGAGGGAAAGCUCACCCGAGUCAGGGUGCAGCUGGACUACGACUCCGGAGAGGUGACCUUCUCCAACCCUGUCAGCAUGACAUCCAUCUACACCUUCACCGACUUCUUCACUCAGAAGAUGUACCCCUUCUUCUGUCCUGGAGCCAACAUCAAUGGCAAUAACCCCAAACCACUUAAGAUCUGCCACGCCAAGGUGGCUGUGUGGAACAGUGUGACAUGGUGAUUUGAGAGCUCUUAAAUGUAUUUCAAAUUUAAGAAAUUACCCAAGUGUGAAUCAAAUCAUUUAAGCAGAUGUCAGUGCAUGUUGGUGUGUAAAUGACCACGAUACAAUCAAAGUAAUUAUAACAAGUAUUGGUUUAUUUCACUUGGGUUCAUUUGGUGAUUGACUGCAGUUUAUGAACCACAAAGUGGUUGUUUAAAGCUACCAGGGGAUGGUCUUUCCUGUAUAAUCCAAGAAGGCUCCAUUCUGCUUCUCAGUCAGGGAAGCCAUCACGCUAAGCAUCCCCUGCACACUCUCCUGAACAUCAAUCUCCCCCUGGUGGUCGGAAACACACAGUUAACAUGAAGGCUCACACAGCGGGUCAAUUCUCCUCACUCUUAGUUAGGAAAAAAGGCAAAACUGAUGUUUUGCACCCACAGACCAGUUAUAGACUCUACAGCUGCAUUCACACUUAAAGCAAUAUAAGGGGUUCAAAUCUGCUUUUUCCCCUCAAAUGUGACACAGAACAGUUUUUGUCAGUGUAAACUGUAAAAAACAAAACAAAACAACAUUCUCAAUCUGCUAUUUUUAUGUCAUAUGUGAUCCAUAUCUGAUUUGAGAGAGAGACAGCAGUGGCCAAGCGACCUAUAGAUUGAAUGGGAAAGGGAGGUGCCGGUGAAUCAGAUAAAUAAAACGUUGUUUUCUGAUUGUUUCACAGCAGUUACGUUCUAAAGCACAAAUAAACACGCCCAUACCUCCACACGAACCUGCGGCUAAUCGCUGCAAGGCCUGAUCCAUAAUCGGGUGAUGUUAGACAGGAAAAAACGGCUAAUAGGCUAAAACUAAAGUAAUGAGCCUAUUUAAAUUUCAGUAAUUGUAAUUGCGUUAUUUAAUUUAAAAAAGUAAUUAUUUACAUGUCUAGUUAUGGCCAAAAGUAGUGGAAUUACAGUUACUCCCAACACUGCUUAAAAAAAAGCUAAAUGCUUGAAUAAAAGAAGCCAGUGCUGCUUUACAAGUCCAUUUUACAAGGAUCAAUAUUCUAAUGCAGUUAUCCGUCCUAUGAAAACACUGGAGCUGUGUGACGACAUCAGCAGACUACAGAAAAUUUAAUCAACGUGGUCUUAAACUUUCAUGUGUAUACUUCUGCAUCCCUUGAAGUUACUUCACAAAGCAGAAUAAGCAAGUUAGGAAGAUACAUGUUGCUAUGGCGAUAGUUAUGCUAUAUCCUGGCAAACUGGAUUUUAAUCUGUAAAACAAAACUUAAAAUUAAAGUUUUAUGAAUAUGAUUCUGUCAUAUAUAUUGAUGAUUGUGAAUAAUGAGUAGGUAUUUCUUAACACAGAUAAAUGUCUAACUUUUAAUCUUGCUUUGUGUGACGUCUUUGGUAUUGUUUUGAAUAUCUGGAUUACUACAGUUAGGUUACUUGUUCAGACUGGUAUCAGAUAUUGGACACACUGGGAGCGUGAACACUUUCACCUAAAAAAGUUCAAAGAGCAUGUGAAUUGAGUAGCGGGAUCCUGCAAUGUGAUUAAAGCCUACUUUGUAAAAAUAUUUGUCACCAUGAGAACUGCUUACUUUUCUUAGUUUUCGUCUACUACUACUGUAGUUGUUUCUUUGCUAUUUUCAGAAACCACAACAAGUUAACACUCAAAGCUAUUAUGUGAGAAAUGUGAAAUCAUACAACAUGAUGUUAAUUGUGCUUCUCAAUUAAUAAAGUAAAAUAUCAUUCAGAGCUGA